AUGCUGGAGAAGCAGCUGAAAUUGGAAUGGGAUUUGCACAAUCCAAGAGCAAGGGGUCUGAGGCAAUUUCAGGAGGAAGAAUGGCUGAUCUCAGAUCUGGGGCUGGAAGUACCUAUUAAGGGCUUGGAAGAGCUGGACAUACCAGAUAGUAAGGAAAUUAUGAAACACUACCAGGUAGUUAUUAAAGAAUAUUAUACUUAUUCUGGUUCCUCCAGCAUCACCACCAUGAAGAAAGUGGUUGAACAGCUCUGGCUGGAACCUCGGCUCAAUGAUGUGAAGGUUUCCCAAGCAGUUGCAGAUGGGAAACAAUUCUGUCCACAGAAUGCUUCACAUGACCCCCUGGGGACUGGAGUAUUUUCAAAAGUGAAUCUUUUCAGACCCCAGAAAGUCUGUACCUUUUUGUAG